GAUCCCUGGAUGCAGAGCAGGGGAGUGGACUGGGACCUCUCGUGGAAUAUCCUAGAGCAAGAAGAAUCCUUUGGAAAGCUGUGCUAGAGGCUUUAAUGAAUCAUGUCUGAGUCGGGGUUGGAAGUGCACUUGCAGACCCUGCUUGGGGUAGGCCUGGCUGUGCUGUGCUUCUGCCUGAUCCUUGGUUGCAUCCUGUGCUGGCGUCGAAGGAGGUCCCAGCCCUGCCAAGACAAGUCCUUGUCCUCGGAUCAUGUGGCGCUGGACCUGGGCCCCGCCUUCUCCCCCAAGAUCAGCCCAACCAGCCCAAUAUCCAUCAAACAGCAGUACCAGGAGCUUGAAGGGGAUGUACUAGAAUACCCGGUCCAGCCCCCAUGCAGCUGCUCCUACCCAUCUCCAGAACACAAAUUCAGACCGAGGAGCACUUCGGAACUUGACGCCAACUACAAAACCAGCUACCAGUUGCAGAGACAGAGCAACCUGUCGUCUUACGAGAAAAGCCCUCCUUUCAAACCAGGCUGCCACGGCAGGGCAUCCCUACCCACAAUCCCCAAACUCAACCUUGUCUCCAAAACCAAGCAAGCCUUAGAGAGGCGCUUCACCGUAACGGGAGCUACCUUUAUCUACAAGCACAGCAAACUGAACAGCCCGGGAGCCAGUGAGCACAGCAAACCGAACAGCCUGGGAGCCAGUGAGCACAACAAACUGAACAGCCUGGGAGCCAGUGAGCACAGCAAACUGAACAGCUUGGGAGCCAGCAAGCACAGCAAAAUAAACAGCCUGGGAGCCAGUGAGCACAGCAAAAAAACCAGGCUGCUGAACUCAAGAGUGAGGCAAUCCCACACUCUCCCGGGAGAGAUCUCAGAAAUCAGUGACAAAGUUCCCCCAAGAAUCCAGUUCAGGCUCUUCUUCUCCCCCAAAGAUGGGUCUCUGACCGUGUCUGUGCUCAGCCUGGCCAAUGUGCCGCGAAAGAUCGGGGUGUCCGGGGGGUGCUAUGUGCAGCUGAGUCUGCUGCCCUGCUGCCUGGAGACCCUGCAGACGUCUGUGCGGCCCCGGAGUCUGAACCCCGAGUUCAGGGAGGAUUUCCGUUUCGAGGUGGGGGCUGUGGAGUAUCUGAGAGUCUGCACAUUGUGCAUGGCCGUCUUCUCCAAGGACUUUCCAAGCCUGAGAGCAUCCUGCCUGGGGAAGAUGCUGCUCCCUUGUGGGCAGGUGGAGUGGGGGACUGGCCGAGCCACCAGCUACAGUCGGGAGCUGAGCUCCACCAAGACCAAACUCAAAAAGAGUCAAAGCACCCAGGAUGUGGAGAGCCACAGCAGCUCCAUUUCAAUCCCCAAGGCCCUGGGCCAGCUCUUCAUCCUCCUGCAAUACCAGACACUGGCCCACAGGAUUAAGGUGAUGGUCCGAAAGGCAGAAAACCUUGGCAAACUGAACCGCAUACCCGGGACACCAGAUCACUACGUGGUGAUUACCCUGCGGCAUGGGGGCAGUGUGAUUGUAAGCAAGGAGACGAAGGCGGCCAGUGGCUACAACGCGGUGUGGAACGCCCCCUUCCUCUUCGACAUGCCCCCCGGGGAGAUCCACGAGCUGCCCCUCUCUCUGGAGUUCAUCAUCAUGCAGGGGCACAUUUACACGAGGACCAGGGUCCUGGGCCACGUGUUGAUUGGCUGUGAUGCUCUGGAGGAGGGGCAAGCGCACUGGAAGGACAUGUGCAGCCGGGGGCAGGUGGAGACAGCCAGGUGGCACACCAUCCAACCGGAUUCAUUGUAGAGUCCAGGCCAGAGGGGCAACGAACUAUCAGGGAGUCCCGAGAAUCUCAACUGUAAACCUCGUCCAAAAUCCCAUUGCAACUCUCCACUGGAUUUCAAGGCUGUGGAUAUCUUCUGAAGAGCAGCAGACAGGUGGACAGGCCAUAGAAAUGAGAUAAGAAGUGCUAUGAAAUGACCUUGUUGUACAUAGUAUUUGAUGUGAGGAGGUACUGCAAGUUGGAAUUUGUAAUAUGCUAAAUAUUAUUUUAUUUAGUUAUUUUAUUUAGUUAUUUUUUAGAGAAAACAUUACAUGGCUUAAUUCUAAGGAGUAUGCACGGCUUGUUUGCCACCAGUUUUCAAACAUGGAUGGUUUUAUUGUCCUUUAAUAAAAAUUGCAGGGUGGAGAUCUGGAGUUUAAAAAGCAAUUGCAAUCUCAUCCCCCUGUUACAUCUGUAUUGAACUUGAAAAGCUAAACAGAGUCCACCUACUUUAUGAUGCAGUAUGCAUAUCUAAAUAGGCAUGUUUGUCUGCAUGGCUGACCCGUUUCACCCAUUACGCCUGCAUACUGAGACGCCCAACAUACAAUGACUGUGUAUUGCUGUGAAUAACAGACACAGUGAAGUCAUGUACUGAAGGUGCAUUUUGUGAAUCAGACAGUACUGUAUGUGGCAGCUCACUCCUGGAGGAAUGAAAAUGUGCCCGCAUAUAUCUAUUAUAGGUAACACAGGCUAGAUCAGCACCAUCUGGUGAUAGAGCAGCUAGGGCAAUGGCAGACAACUAGAACUGAAGAGAAAAGCUCAUAGGCAAAGCACUGUAAACACAGUCUUCUAUCAAAACAAGAAUACUCCAAUAAAGCACCUUAAACAGUCUAAUAUUAAAACCAGAAUAAUCCAAUAAAGCACCUUAAACAGUUUAAUAUCAAAACAAGAAUACUCCAAUAAAGCAAGUCUCAGUAAUUGCAAUGAAAACCAUUCAGAGAGACUGCGAACAACACAAGAGAAUCAAUGCUAAUCAGGCUGGUUUUAGUAGAGCUUUGAACUGCAGUAUCAAUGUUGACCAGGCUGGUUAUAGUAGAGCUUUGCACUGCAGAAUCAAUGUUGACCAGGCUGGCUAUAGUAGAGCUUUGCACUGCAGAAUCAAUGUUGACCAAGCUGGCUAUAGUAGAGCUUUUUACUGCAGUAUCAAUGCUAACCAGGCUGGUUAUAAUAGAGUUUUUUACUGCAGUAUCAAUGCUGACCAGUCUGGCUAUAGUAGAACUUUGCACUGCAGUAUCAAUGUUGACCAGACUGGUUAUAGUAGUUGCAUUGCAGCUGACUUGAUUUCAGCAAGAUGAAUUGUAGAAUUAAAAUAUCAAAGAAUUACAUCCUAGAUAAACUUGAAUUGAUGUUGAAAUUCUGUCCUAAAAAAAGUGUCAUAAUUUAAACUCAACCAUCUAGAUCUUUUUUCCUCCAUUCAAGACAGCAGUGUAUCAUUUUGAGGCACACCUUUUUAUCUAUUUAGUCCUUCAUUAUUGAAUAAUCAUUGAGGAAAGCACCUGUGCUGUGUCUUGUACUCAUAGAAUAUAUGAACCUGUAGGUUACUGUAAGGUGUACAUUAAAACACAUACAAAAUAUUAUGCAAAGACCUUUGAAGAUGUGAUUAAAAAGUACCUAUAACCCAACGUGAGAGACUUGGGGUUAUUCUGUAGUUGCAGCACUGAGAGGGACAAGGAAUGUGGAUUUACAUGACUGGUGUUAUUAUUACUGCUUAUCUCUGCACAAACUUAUACUGCUUAUUGUGUGUGUGUGCAUAUUGUAUUGCUGUAAGAGUGGAUGUGUGAUUUAAUGUAUCACCUGUUAAUAAAGAUCAAUGUUGUGCUGUU